UGGCAACACAGGUUGAGGGACACGUCAUCAAGCGAAUGACGACGGCUGGAGAGCUGUAGUGUCUGCUUGUUUGUCAGUAUUGUAUCAGAUAACGGAGGAUUUGCUUUGUGCGCAGUCGGGAUGCUAAAAGACGAAAACGGGCUGAAGUCGGCCAAAAACUCUGAACUUUCUCUUCAAUGGGUAGUUCAGUGGUUUUUCUAAAACAAACGCCAAGGCCGUUUUAAUCAUGGGAAGGAUCAACUUUUCGUGCCUUUUCCCGGCUUCGUGGCAUUUUAGCCUGUCCUCCCAGGUUCUCCCUCGUCUCUUGAUACCGUCACUACGACAGCUGCUUUUCCUAGGCUUUGUGCUCUUUCUCGUGGGACUGCUCUACCUGUUCCUCGUCACUGGAAAGGGUCAUGUCAGCUGGAUCAGAAAGGAAAAGUACUUCCACAGGCACUUGGCAAGGGUGACUGAUGUGGAAGCAACAGAUACGAGCAAUCCAAACCUAAACUAUGGCCUGGUAGUAGACUGCGGCAGCAGUGGUUCGAGGAUGUUUGUCUACUGGUGGCCACGGCACAAUGGUAAUCCCCAUGACCUGCUGGACAUCAGGCAAAUGAGAGAUCAACACUACAAACCGGUGGUCAUGAAAAUCAAGCCUGGCAUCUCGGAAUUGGCCAAAACGCCAGAGAAAGCCAGUGACUACAUCUACCCACUUCUGAGCUUUGCAGCCAAACACAUUCCUAAAAAUAAGCACCAGGAGACUCCUUUGUACAUUCUUUGCACAGCUGGAAUGCGAAUCCUGCCAGAAAGUCAACAGCAAGCGCUUCUGGAGGACCUGCGAACAGACAUCCCUGUUUACUUCAACUUCCUCUUCUCUGAUUCUCAUGUGGAAGUCAUUUCUGGAAAACAGGAAGGUGUGUAUGCAUGGAUUGGAAUCAACUUUGUCCUCGGAAGGUUUGACCAUGUGCACAAUGAUGGUGAUGCUGUCGUAGAGGUGCAUGUCCCAGGCAGUGAUCAGCAGGAGGCCCUGGUGAGAAAAAGAACAGCUGGGGUCCUGGACAUGGGUGGCGUCUCCACACAGAUUGCAUAUGAAGUGCCCAAAACUGAGGAAGUUGCCAAGAAUUUGCUAGCUGAAUUUAAUUUGGGGUGUGAUGCACAUCGCACAGAGCAUGUGUAUCGUGUGUAUGUGUCCACCUUCCUUGGGUUUGGUGGAAACGCAGCACGGAAAAGAUAUGAGGACAGGCUCAUCCGGAAUACGGCCACUCGAAAUAAGCUGUUGGGUCAGCGCACUGGUGAGACAGAGUUUCCUUUCCUGGAUCCUUGCCUACCAAAAGAUCUGCAGGAUGAAAUUGGAACUCCUGCACAGAAGUUCCAUCUGCGGGGCACAGGGGACUUUGACCAGUGCAGGCAGCUUCUCCAGCCCUUCCUUAACUGCACCAGUGAGAAUCAAACCUCUUUGAGUGGCAUGUACCAACCAGCUAUUGACUACAACAACAGCCAGUUCUACGGCUUCUCUGAGUUCUACUACUGUAUGGAGGAUGUGCUACGCAUGGGUGGGGAUUACAAUGCUUCUAAGUAUGCCCAAGCUGCCAAGAGUUACUGUGCCACUCAGUGGAAGACUCUGAGAGAGCUUGACUCUGGCUUGUACGCCUCACAUGCUGAUCUGCACAGACUGAAGUACCAGUGUUUUAAGUCGGCGUGGAUGUAUGAAGUAUUCCAUUCAGGGUUUUCUUUCCCUAAAAAUUACAAAAACCUGAGACUUGCACUUUUGGUGUACGAUAAGGAGGUCCAGUGGACUCUCGGAGCUAUACUCUACAGAACACGUUUUCUACCUUUAAGGUAAAACAUUUCUCCUCUG